AUGGAUGUGAGGAUGUGGAUAUGUAUUACAAACGGUUAUACUCCUCCAAAAGUAACAGGUGAUACAUCAAGUUCGAGCGGUGCUAGGCUUGCUUCAUAUGAGCAAAUGGAUGUCGAUAAAAAGAAAGAUUAUGAAGCCGAAAGCAAGGCAUUGGCAAAAGGCUUAUGGGAUGCACUCAAAGAGCAUUGUGAAGGUGACGACGAUCUCAAGAAGAGUAGGAAAGAUUUGUUGAAGAAGCAGUAUUAUGUGUUCACUAGCUUCAAAGAUGAAACUCUUGAUGAGACCCUGGUUCGUUACAGUCAUCUGCUGGUUCAACUUGCCUACUUUGGGUAUAAUCCGGAUCCAGAAGACGUGAUCGAGAAGUUGUUGGAAUCACUUCCUGACAAAUGGGAAGGAUUUAUCACCUUUAUCCAACAAAAGAAAGUCGAAUGA